UCGGAAUGUGGGAAAUGUUAUAGUGAUAAAUCAAGUCUUCUGAGACAUCAGAGAAUUCACACAGGAGAGAAGCCAUAUUCAUGCUCAGAAUGUGGGAAAUGUUUUAGUCGGAAAUCACAUCUUGUUGAACAUCAGAAAACUCACACAGGAGAGAAGCCAUUUUCAUGUUCAGAAUGUGGGAAGAGGUUUAGGAGUCAACAUCAUCUUAAGAUACACCUGGGAACUCAUACUGGGGAGCAGCAAUAUUCAUGUUCAGAAUGUGGGAAAUGUUCUAGUGAUAAAUCAAGUUUUGUGAUACAUCAGAGAAUUCAUACAGGAGAGAAUCCAUAUUCAUGUUCAGAAUGUGGAAAGUGUUUUCGUCAGAAAUCACAUCUUGUGAGACAUCAGAGAAUUCACACAGGGGAGAAGCCAUUUUCUUGUUUAGAAUGUGGGAAAUGUUUUAGUCGGAAAUCACAUCUUGUUGAACAUCAGAAAACUCACACAGGAGAGAAGCCAUUUUCAUGUUCGGAAUGUGGGAAAUAUUUUCGUAACAAAUCAAUUCUUGAGGUACAUCAGAGAAUUCACACCGGGGUUAAGCCAUUUUCAUGCCCUGAAUGUGGGAAAUAUUUUAAUCAUAAAUCAGAUCUUGUGAAUCAUAUGAGAAAUUACACUGGCGAGAAGCCAUUUCCAUGUCCUGAAUGUGAAAAGUGUUUUAAUUCGAAAGCACAGCUUGAUAAACAUCUGAGAACUCACACAGGAGAGAAGCCAUAUUCGUGUCCUGAAUGUGAGAAAUGUUUUAGUAUUAAAUCACAUUUUGUGCAACAUCAAAGAAUUCACACAGGAGAGAAGCCAUUUUCUUGUCCUGAAUGUGAGAAGUGUUUUAAUACCAAAUCAAGUCUUGUGCAACAUCAGAGAAUUCACACCGGAGAGAAGCCAUUUUCUUGUCCCGAAUGUGAGAAGUGUUUUAAUACCAAAUCAAGUCUUGUGCAACAUCAGAGAAUUCACACUGGAGAGAAGCCAUUUUCAUGUCAUGAAUGUGGGAAAUAUUUUAGUAUUAAAUCACAUUUUGUGCAACAUCAAAGAAUUCACACAGGAGAGAAGCCAUUUUCUUGUCCCGAAUGUGAGAAGUGUUUUAAUAACAAAUCAAGUCUUGUGCAACAUCAGAGAAUUCACACCGGAGAGAAGCCAUUUUCUUGUCCCGAAUGUGAGAAGUGUUUUAAUAACAAAUCAAGUCUUGUGCAACAUCAGAGAAUUCACACCGGAGAGAAGCCAUUUUCAUGUCAUGAAUGUGGGAAAUAUUUUAAUGAAAAAUCAAAUCUUAAUUCACAUCUGAAAAAUCACACAGUAGAAAAGCCAUUUUCAUGUCCAGAAUGUGAGAAGUGUUUUAGUGAGAAAUCAAAUCUUGUUCGACAUCAGAAAACUCACGCAGGGGAGAAGCCAUUUUCAUGCACUGAAUUUUGAAAGUGUGUUAGUGAGAAAUCAAGUUUUGUGAGACACCUGAGAAUUCACACAGAAGAGAAGCCUAUUUAAUAUGCAGAAUGUGGGAAAUGCUUUGGCUGUAAAUUAAAGGGGUUGUCCGGGCUUUUAACCCCUUCAUGUAUUAUGAUGUUACUGUACAGGGGAAACUCAAAAAAUUAGAAUAUUGUGCAAAAGUCAAUUCAUUUCAGUAAUGCAAAUUUAAAGGAAUUGCAUUAAUGCAGCUUAAAAAAUUGAAACUUUAGGGUUUCAUAAGCUGUA